AUGAUUACGCAAAAUUGCCCCGGUCGCAGCGGCCCUAGGGUCGCAGCUGCCCUGGUGAUCUUCAGCUGCUUCCUCGCAUCUGACUUUUCCCCCGCUCCCGUCACUGCCUUCCUCCUAGUUUCUCCCGCGGUACCUUCCCUGCAAAAAGCCACUGGGACGCCACAAAACCUCCUUGUUUCCCAUCUUUUGCCGCCCUCCCAGCUCUCGUCGGCGCCCAUGACGGACGGGGGGACCCGGACUCGGAGCAGCAUUUUCCCUCCGCCCCUCAUGUCGUUCUACGGGGAACAGCGUCGCAAACUGCAGGAGGAAACGGAGGCCAAGCAGAUGGAGUGGGCCAAGCAUUUCAACGAGCUGAUCGUCACGCAGGGCCAGGAAUUGUGCGUGUGUGGCUACGAGGGGUACGUGCGUUCGGGCAGCAAGGGAGCCGUUGCUGUCUACUGUGAUGACGAAGCAGAAGGCGAGGGGGGGGCGGAAGGCCAGGGGGGAGGCCUACAUACUUGCUCCUCCCUGUCCUUCACCACGCUCGAGGAACUUUUGGCCGACCCGCGCAUGGACGACGGGGUGAAGGCACAGCUGAGUGAGCGCGUCACCUCCUACGAGCCCGAUUCGGAGGUCGCCGUGCUCUUCGCCUACAACGGUCAGGUGGGCCUGAACGUGCUGCGACCCCAGUACCCUCCCAAGUUUCUCUUUGAGACAUUGAGGGGCAAGAAGUAA